AUGGCAACUAACUUAGUAGUGAGGCGGUGCUUCCCUGCGGCAAUGAUCGGAGGGACAUUUUUACGCAGAGGGAUAAUUAGAACAGAAUGCAUUUCUGCUAGUUUUAGAUGUAAAUACACGGAUGCGAAUAAGUAUAAGGGGUUCAGGGGAAAAUAUAAGACGAUGGCUUCCGGAGCUGAUACGGACGAUAGUCGUGAUAUCGGGUCGGAUCAGUUUGACUUGGAUGAUGCGGAAUAUGAUGCCGUGGCGAACAGUGCUAUGCACGUUCAGAAACGAUUGCAAAAUGAACAAAACGUUUUGGUAAUUCAGCCGUAUGUUAAGUGGGGUCCCAGAAAGUCCGAUAGUAAGCCAGAGCAUCAACUUUUGGAAGCAGAAGCGUUGGUACGAUCUUUGCCCAAAUGGAAAGUGGAACACAGUAUAAAGGUUCCCUUGGAUUCUCUCGAAAAGAAGCAUCUUUUUGGAGCUGGAAAGCUGGAAGAAUUAAAAACUAUACUAAGCGAUUUGCAGACGUCCGGCAAACUAAUCACCUGCAUUUUCAUAAGCAAAGGAACGUUGACGUUUGGACAGAAGAAAUUAUUGGAACAACACUUCAAACUUCCGGUCAUGGAUCGUUACACCAUAGUUAUCCAGAUCCUUCGAUUGCAUGCCAUCAGCACUGAGGCAAAGCUGCAAGUAGCGAUGGCGGAAAUUCCUUACAUUUGGUCACAGAUGAAAGAUCAUGACAAAAUUCACCUCACGGAAUCCCAGAAACAAAUGCUACGUUUGAGAGAACGUAAACUCAAGGACGAGUUGGUCACCAUUCGCUCCCACCGGGAGCUCUUGCGAAACAAAAGAAAACAAAAAGCUUUUCCCAUUGUCGCUGUUGUCGGAUAUACAAAUGCUGGUAAGACCUCGCUGAUUAAGGCCCUAACGGAAGAAAAAUCAUUGGAACCGAAAGAUCAACUGUUCGCUACUUUGGACGUGACGGCUCAUGCUGGCCUGCUUCCGUGCAAACUAGAAGUUCUGUUCAUGGACACCGUCGGUUUCAUGGCGGACAUUCCCACCGGCUUGAUUGAAUGCUUCGUGGCAACCUUGGAAGACGCCAUGCUGGCCGAUGUAAUCGUCCAUGUCCAGGACGUUUCCCACGAGAAUUUCCCCGAGCAGAAAAGGCACGUCGAAACGACGCUCAAGUCCCUGCUUAGAACAUCCGGUGUUACCCACCAGCCGAAAUUGCUGGACAACGUCAUAAAUGUGGGCAACAAGGCCGAUCUCCUUCCGGAUACUGAUGGCCAUGGGGACAUCCAGCUGGUAUCGUCCAAAACGCUGCAUGGAAUGAACGAUCUGCUGAAGGAAAUUGAACGAAAAAUAUUGCAAGUCACUGGUCGACAAAAGAUGAUCAUUCGAGUCCCGAUGGGUGGUUCGGAAGUAGCGUGGUUGUACAAAAAUGCGGCAGUAACGGAGACGGCCGCCGAUCCCGUCGAUAGCCAACGAAUGCUGGUCAGCGUGGUCAUUACGGAGGCAAAGUUGCAACAGUUUAGGCACCAGUUUGUGAUUAAAAAGCAAGGAUGAUUACAGCAGAUAGAAAUAUACCAAAACUGUUUUAUUUUAGUGCAAAAUAA